UUUUGCUCUAAACUAAAAUACUACAGCCGGCCCGGCCCCUUCUUCUCGCAUUUCCUUCUUCCCCUUCUCCUUCAUCAGUCCUUCCUCGCUUCCCUUGCCUUUUCUUCAUCCCCUGCUGUUGCAGCUCUCGGUGGCUUUCAGGAUAAUAGAUCAGAAGGUGAAAGUGAAACCAGGAAAGAGAUGAAUUGGAUUCAGCGCAAAAUUUAUCUAUACAACGUUACCUUUGGGCUCUAUAUGCUCGAUUGGUGGGAACGUCUUCUCUUCAAUACGUUGGUGCUUGUGUUGAUGUGGUUUAUUUGCUACAAUGGAUUCCGCUAUACUUCAGAUUUCUACAGAAGGGUACUGCAUUAAGAAAAUGGACCCUAAAAUCCGACGAUUAUUUCUGAGCUCGGUUUACGCCAUAUUUCAUUUCUCCAUAGCAAUGUCAGUACACUCCAUGCCCCACUUGUAUUAAUAGAUGCUUUUCAUUGUUGAGUAGCUAUUGCCGAUAUAUAAAUGCUAAGUCCUGAUCAAUGCAUAGCUUUGCUCUGCCCCCUCAACUGUUCUUCUACUUAUCAAUAAAUAGAUUUCGUAAGUGCCUUGA